AUGUUUCGAUUUACCGCACGACGUUUAGCAGCUGCCGCAUUCGCGGCGGCGGAACCUUCAACGCAUACUCUCAACAUUUCGCAGGCCCAAGGCGUCGCCCACGGCCUCACUGCUGCCAUUGGAAACACCCCCCUUAUCCGCCUGAACCGACUUUCCCAGGAGACCGGGUGCGAGAUCCUUGGCAAGGGCGAGUUCAUGAACCCAGGCGGCUCGAUCAAGGACCGAGCGGCGCUGUAUGUGGUCAAAGACGCCGAGGAGCGCGGUCUGCUGCGGGCCGGCGGUACCGUGGUCGAAGGCACGGCCGGCAACACGGGCAUCGGGCUUGCGCACGUGUGCCGGUCGCGCGGGUACAAGCUCGUCAUCUACAUGCCCAACACGCAGUCGCAGGGCAAGAUCGACCUGCUGCGGCUACUGGGCGCCGAGGUGCACCCCGUUCCUGCGGUCGCGUUUGACAACCCGGCCAACUACAACCACCAGGCGGCGCGACACGCCGCGCGCCUCGACAAUGCCGUCUGGACCAACCAGUUCGACAACACGGCGAACCGCCGCGCGCACAUCGAGACGACCGGGCCUGAGAUCUGGGCGCAGACGGCCGGUGGCGUCGACGCCUUUACCUGCGCGACCGGCACCGCCGGCACGCUCGCGGGUGUCACGCGCUUCCUCAAGGAUGCCUCGGGCGGGCGCGUCCGCUGCUUCCUGGCCGACCCGCCGGGCAGUGUGCUGCACUCGUACAUACAGUCGGGUGGCAAGCUGAGCGAACGCAGCGGCGGCAGCAUUACGGAGGGCAUCGGCCAGGGCCGCGUGACGGACAACCUGCGCCCGGACAUUGACCUGAUGGACGGCUCUCUGACCGUCUCGGACGAGAAGAGCAUUGAGAUGGUGUACCGCUGCCUCGACGAGGAGGGUCUGUAUCUGGGUGCCAGCUCGGCGCUCAACGUCGUCGCCGCCAAGGAGGUCGCGGAGAAGCUGGGCAAGGGGCACAUAGUCGUGACUGUCCUCUGUGACGGCGCGUACCGGUAUGCGGACAGGCUCUUCUCCCGCAAGUGGCUCACUGAGAAGAAGCUGAUUGGCGCCAUCCCCAAGCAUCUGGAAAAAUACGUUGUCCUUGCUUAA